GAGCACCGUACUUGGAAAGGCCAGUACUCCUUUGAAUGUCAUCGGGAGGCCUCUUGUUCCAACUCGAUUACUCGAAAAUGGCGAAAAUCGCAUUAGGAGACGGCCGUGAGGCUACUCAGCCGGACUGCCUCAAGGCCCUCGUCAUAGAGUUCGUCGCCACCUUCCUUUUUGUCUUCGCCGGAGUCGGAUCUGCCAUGGCCGCUGAGAGGCUAGCGUCAGAUGCUUUUGUGGGGCUGUUCGGCGUGGCCAUGGCGCAUGCGCUCGUGGUGGCCGUGAUGAUAUCCGCCGGCCACAUCUCCGGCGGCCACCUCAACCCUGCCGUCACGCUCGGCCUCCUUUUCGGCGGUCACAUCACCGUGUUCCGAUCGAUCCUGUAUAUGAUCGACCAGUUGCUUGCCUCCGCAGCAGCUUGUUUUCUUCUGCAGUAUCUCACUGGGGGACUAGCUACACCAGUACAUACACUUGCAAGUGGAAUGACCUACCUCCAGGGAAUAAUAUGGGAGAUUGUCCUGACGUUUUCCCUGCUGUUCACCGUCUACGCCACCAUCGUGGACCCCCGGAAGAGCUCACACGGGGCCCAAGGCCCGAUCCUCACCGGGCUCGUCGUCGGGGCCAACAUCUUGGCCGGUGGAGCCUUCUCGGGGGCCUCGAUGAACCCGGCCCGCUCCUUCGGGCCUGCCCUGGCGAGCUGGGACUGGACAGACCAUUGGGUCUACUGGGUCGGACCCCUCGUCGGCGGCAGCCUCGCGGGGUUGGUUUACGAGAACUUCUUCAUCUGCAGAUCUCACGCCAUUCUUCCGACUGCGGAAGAGGCUUUCUAAUCCUGAGUGAUGUUUGUAAUAGGGACUUAUGUAUGGUGGGCUUUGAAAAAUACUCUGGUAGUCCAACUCAGUUUGUGUAAAAUCCCAUGUUGCUAUGCUGCUGAAUGAAAGACGAUGUGUCGUGUCGUAA